UGGUUUUAAAAUCAUUUUUAAGAUUAAUUUACUAUUUUUGUGUGAAAAAUAAGAUUCUUUUAUUUUUUAUUUUGCUUGAAUUAUUCCACAAUAUAUUUAUGAAGCUUCAUAAAGAAGUAAAUAGUUGCAAAUUUCAUUGGACCCUUUUAAGUCGUAUUAGAGUGAAUAUUGAGGUUAUGUUUCUCGUAUCGAACUGGGAAAUGUCAAAAUGAACAUAUUUUUUUAAUUGAAAGGGUCGAUUUUGUUAUUUUUUAAAUAUUAGUUAUUGCCUUUUUAAUUUACAUUGAUGGCAGCUAUCGAUAAAGUGAAAAUCCUCGUGUUGGGCGAUUCAGGUGUAGGAAAAACGUCCUUAACGCAUUUAAUAUGCCAUCAACAACCAAUGAAUAAUCCUUCCUGGACAAUUGGAUGUUCGGUAGAAGUAAAAUUGCACGAAUACAAAGAAGGAACGGCGAACCAAAGGCGAUAUUUUAUCGAAUUAUGGGACAUCGGUGGCAGUCAAAGUCACCAAAACACCCGACCUGUUUUUUACAACAACACAAAUGGAAUAAUUUUGGUUCAUGAUAUGUCGAACCGAAAAUCCCAGCAGAAUUUGAGAAAAUGGUUGCAGGAAGUUCUUAGUAAAGACGGAACUUUACCAAAAUCAAAGUCCUUCGAUGAUUUCGACCCUGAACAGUUUGUGGGUUCUACUCAAAUUCCAAUUCUAGUUGUUGGUACCAAAUCCGAUUUAAUGUCUGAUUUGAGGUCUAGUGUUUACAGAAGAUCUUCGACAAUUGCGGAAGAAUGCGGAGCCGACGAAAUCUUUCUGGACUGCCAACUAAGUAGAUCCUUGGCUGCAGGUUCGAGUUCGGCUGUGAAAUUGAGCAGAUUUUUCGAUAAAGUUAUCGAACGUCGAUAUCAUUCUGCGAGGGAAGGAAUCAGUCCGGAUAAAAGAAGAAUGGCAGUUUUUACUUCGUCCUACAAUCCAAAAGUGUACCAUGAUGAUUAGAAAAUCCCUGGUACCAAUUUAGUAUAAAUCUUUAUUUUGGAAUUUCUGUCAGAUUUAAUUGUCAUUUCCUAUUUAUUGAUUUUAUUUUUAUUGUUAUAUUAUGUAUUGUAUAUAUUUUACCGUAAA